AUGGGCUAUCGAGACGAAGGAUCAAAAUGGAUAGCCGUCCAAUCUCGCGAUCCUGCGGCCGACGGGUCUUUCGUAUAUGCUGUACGAACGACAAAAAUCUACUGCAGACCCGUCUGUACGGCUCGUCUCGCCAGACGCGGAAAUGUCGAGUUCUUUGAGCAGCCACGAGAUGCCGAGAAGGCCGGCUACCGUUCGUGCAAACGCUGCAGACCCCAGAGUGGGAAGAUGCCAGAGGCUGCAGCAGCAACUAGAAUCAGGUCAUUGAUCGUGCAGGAGUUAAAACAUCAGGCUGUGCCCGGAGCGAGUCAAGGGAACGAUGAGGGGAUCUCCAAAACCACAGGACGCCUUGCCAGGAAAGCUCAGGUUUCUAAGUGGCAUUUCCAUCGAAUUUUCAAGGAUAUCACAGGCUUGACGCCAUCUGAGUACUUUCGACGACAAGGGAGAGUUUCAAGCGGCACUCCCAGCAUACCGUCACCCCAAAGUACUUUAUCAACCACCGCGGAGAGCUCGCACCUAUCCAAUGGUACGUCAGACUUCCCGACGCCCGGCGGCGAGACUAGCGACUUGUAUAGCAGUAUGGUCGACUGGCCAUCGCUUUACAACGAGUUCUCUGUUGAAACAUUAUUGCAACCCAAUGACUUCUGUUCCUAUCAAACCCUCAUGGAUGGCAUCUUCCCCAUUUCUACCCUGGGAGAUCCCCAGGGCGCAGUGGUGGACCAAGUGCUUGAUACUUAUUGA